AUGGACACCACAUGCGAGGGAUCUCAAUUGUUGGGCAUACCUGGUAAGGCGGCUCAAUUUCUCAGACGCUCGUCCCGCAUUGCGGCGCAAAUAGCGGCCAGAAAAUCAGAAAAUCAAGCCUCGAGCGCGUGCGAGCCCAGCCAGUCCGACUCUCACCAAGACCUGGCUCCAAAGCACGACUGUUUCGCGUGUGACGAAAUCAUAUGCGACAGCUGCAGGGUGGCAUUUGAUGACUGCAUUGAAAUGAUCGACAAGCACAAUGCUUGUGUUGCUGCUGCAAUGAAGUUGACCGGGAAUAAAUUCAGGGAGGAAAUUCGCAUGAUUCUCCGAGAGAACAAGGAAUGGAUUCGUGGGCUGAAAAGCCAGCAAAACCGAGAGGGCUAG